AUGUAUCUUGGAAUGUUGGCUAUCGCAACUGGAUUCGAAAUGACUGGAAGCAAUGGUUUCAUGGAACUCAAGAAGUCAAGCCGAAACUACGCUUAUGAGAAUAUGGGAAACGAUUCCAGGUAUGAUACCUUUACUUGUUACUGCUCAUUUGGAUCCGGAGGUGACCCUAGGAAUACAACCUCAUGUGGAACUUCUUUUGCCAAUCCCAGUGCACCCAGCUGCACCUCCUCUUCGCAAUCAAUUGUUGGAAGUUCUGUAGCUAAAAUUGAAUCAUGGCCUUGGCAGGUAUAUAUCAAAUCGAGUAGGCAUAUUAACUUAUUUUGUGGAGGUAGCAUAAUUGGACCUAGGCUUAUACUUACAAGUGCCAACUGUGUUUUCGGAAGUGCCCCUAAUGAAUUAACUGUGAGAGCAGGUACACAAAACGUGUCAGAACUUGAAGGAAUACGAAUGAAUGUCUAUCAAGUCAUUAUACAUCCUGCUUAUCAAGGUGGAUUAGGAAUAAAUGUUUCCCUUAAUGCCAACAUAGCCCUUCUAGUUUUGAAUAAUACGUUCACAUAUUCCCAUAAAAUUAGAGCAGUGUGCCUACCUAGGGUCAACGAAACUGUUAUAUCAGGAGAACCAUGCUAUGCCACUGGCUGGGGAAUAACUAGAAAUGCCUCCAUAGCACCUAGACAAACUCUUCAAGAAAUUUGCCUUCCAUCGAUAUCGGAACCCGAAUGUGUAAUGGAUGACAGAUUACAAUCUACGAAUCUAACACUAACCAACAAUACAUUUUGUGCCGGUUACUCUGCCGAUCUAGGACUAAACAAAGGCAUUUGCAACGGUGAUAUUGGAGGACCAUACGUCUGCAAAUCGGGCAAUACCUGGAAAUUGAGAGGUAUUUCUAGCUGGUACAUUCCAACCUGUGGUCAACUCUCUAUCUUUACCGAUGUCUCAAAAUACAUUGCCUGGAUUAGUAACUAUCAAAAUUAG